CUGGAAGAAAUACGCCAGGGUACCCACGUGGCUCGGACCCUGCAUACAUGACAGGGACAGUCAGCUAGAAGCUAAAAUAAAAUAACCUUAUCUAGCUAGCCACUUAAUUAAUCGACCAUGGAGGAUCUACCUGCAGAUAUCAAAGCGUUCCUUCUGAAUCAUCCAUUUCUUGAAUUUACGGAUGACAGUAGAAAGGUUAGUUAGAACCUUUUUAUACAAAAUACUGUAUAAACUAGCCAGUAAACGUUAACUAGCUAAUAAUAAUAGGCUGCGCAGCUAGCUUGUCAGCUACUAGCUUCUGCUCUGUGAAAUGGCUAGCUGUAUAUGUGAAUGAUGUGAGCAAGAAGACGUAAAAAAUGACAGCGUUUUGUUUUACACCUCUUUUCAGAUUAAAUGCACACUCAAUGGACAUGAUUUACCUUGCAACCUCAAAGAGCUCCAGAACUUCACGAAAGGGAAGAAAUAUCAGAAACUAAGUUCUACUGCAGAGUUCAGCUAUAGUCAAUAUGAACCUCAUGUUGUGCCCAGCUCGAAGCAACCGUAAGUAUUCCCCAAGAGUCAUACUUUCAGUAAGUGACCGGUUUAGUGAUUGAUGGGGAGUGGGGCUUGAGCGCAUGCACCACAAAGGUGCAUGAUCUCUGGACAGAAUCCAUUGUACACCCAAAUACAAGGAGGCGGAACACCCCUCCUCCCCCCUCCUCCAGGUCUGCCCAGAGGUUCUCUCACUGCUACCACCAAUGCAACAUGGUUACAUGACUUGGGUGAUUAUCAGCAGCCUGUCUGCCUCAACCAGUUAUUUUAAUUGUUACUGACCAAUUCUAUGUCUGACCUACAGCAAUCAUCUCUUCUGCAAGUUAACACUCAGACACAUCAAUCGCCUGCCACACCAGGUCUUACGGCAUGUCAAUGGCAAGCGGUUCCAAAAAGCAAAGAAGAAAUGUCAGUACUUUUCGCCACCCAAAAUGUCCUUCCUCCUACCUACACUCAAAUGUUGAUGCUUCCUUUCCACUCAAAGUUUUAGAGGGUUUUCCAUUUAGAUUUUUGUUGGGAGAGGUAGAAUAGAACUACCUGAAACACCACAGAUGGUUGUUUUCACUAUUGUCAGUACAGUUUAUGAAUUGUCUAAUCUCUCCCCUAGAUGAAGAGUGUGUACAACAGGGGGUGGAGUACAUUCCAGCGAGCCUCCGACAGAAGAAGCCCAGAGAUAGAGGUGGGGAGGGGGAGAGGGGACGCAACACCCAGAGGGGGAAUGGAGCGUGGGCUCCUGACUCCAGCAACGAGGGUGGCAGCGACUCAGAGGACAGCAUGAGUGACCUGUACCCAUGUUAGUACCUCAGUCAUUGAAUGUGUAAAACAGUCAAUGGUGACAAUGUCUGCUGUGGAUGAGCAAUAACCUGAUAUGUUGUACAUUUUAUUUAUUUGAUCAAUCUCCUUCCUUUCUGGAAGGUGAAAACUGAUUUCUUGCUUUUUCUUUCCCUACAGCCUCUUUAUUUUCUCUGCAAAAGGAGACUGAGGAGGGUAUGGAAGAGGGAAAAGAGGUUGACUUUAAAACGGAUGACGAUGAGGAGAUGGAAGUUGAUAAACAGGCGCCACAGAAACGCAAGAAGGUCAGACGGCUUAACUCUCACAGCACUGUCUUUACACCAAUAGUGUUGAGCGGUCUUCCACACAAACAGGUCUGAAUAUGUGGUUGUUGAAUUACUGAAAUUAGUAACACAGCUCUCUUUGUAUCCUCAACAGGUUCAGGCUGGUGGUUUCCAGAAGAAAUCCAAGAAUCAUAACUGGAAAAGAAAAGGUUUAAAGACCAAUGUGAAAGUAAAAAAAGUAAAAUAAAGGUG